AUGGCGAUUUCUUUUACCCAAAGUACCUAUAGACCUGAACUUUAUGCAAAAUUAGGUGAUAUUAGGUGCGAAUAUGUUGAUUAUUUCAUAAAGCGUCAUGGUGGAAAAUUAAAAUGGCGUGACAACGAACGCGUCCUUGAAAUUGGCUGCGGCGUUGGUGACGUAACACGCCGAUGCUUCUUCCCUUUACUCCCGCGCAACUUUCAAAAGUUUGUUUUAUCUGAUUUCUCUCCAAAAAUGAUUGAAUUUGCCAAGAAGGAGUUCCAAGGAGUGGAUCAUGUUGAUUUUAUGCUCCUGGACAUUGAGAAGGAGCUCGAAAGCUCCCUUAAUGGUGGUUUUGAUAAAAUUCUAUCAAGCUUAUGCUUCAUGCAUGUGGGGAAUCAGGUGAAAUCUUUUGAAAAUGUCUUCAAACUACUUGCACCGGGUGGUGAAUGUUUUAUUGUGUUGAUGUCCACUGCGGCAAUUUUUGAGACUAUUUUUCGACUUGCUGAAACACCAAAAUGGGCAGAACGCCUCAAGCAUCAUCGGGAAGUUUUCAUUUUACCCUACAGAGAGGAUCCAAACCCUGAGGAAACGAUUGGGAGACUCCUCAAGAACAUUGGAUUUGUCGAUGUUUUCGUGAAGAAAGAAGAAUUCUUUCAUUUAUACCCAACCGUUGAUGAUUUUCGAGAAACACUGAAAUGCAUGCGAGAUGUAUCAAGCAACUUGUCACAAGAGGAGAAGGAAGAACUACUCGAAGACAGAGUGAAGCUAGGCAUCCAUUUUAAUGUAAUUAAGGAGCUUCAUGAUCCAAAUCGCCCCAUUCUUCAGAAAGCUUUUGAAAAUUUAACUAUUUAUGCAAAAAAGCCUGAAAAUAGCUAAUAAAAGGUUCUAAUUUGA